AUGCUGUCUACUUCUGAGGAGUUAGCCACGGAAAACGUUCUGGACAGGACUGAAACAUUUUCAGAUACUCAAAGCCUCAUGAAAAGAAAUAGAACACUCUUGGAGACAGUGCCGGAAGACGAACCCUUCCUGUUGGAAGAUGCUCAAUGUAUUACUGAGGAAAAGCUGCCUUCUCAAGGAAUCAGGACAAGGGACCUUAUUAAGAAAAAGAAUCAGAAAAUUGAAAACUGCAAUGGUGACAAAAAGACCCUUAAAAUCACACUGUCGAAAUAUUUCCCAUUACAACAAAGCUUCUACCCAUUGUUUGAGUGUUGGAAAGGCUAUCCUUUAUAUUUAGCAGUUUCUCCCAUGUACUUAUUUCCCAAUUGGUUUUCUCUACUUGAUAUGUUGUAUAUCUCCACCAUUGUGCCCAAGAUGCUGGUUGAUUAUGUUUUGGGUGAUGGGACCAUCUCCUUCAUGGCUUGCACAGCUCAGUACUUUCUCUACAUGGGUUUUGUGGGGGCAGAAUUUUUCCUGCUGGGGCUCAUGGCCUAUGAUCGCUAUGUAGCCAUCUGCAACCCCCUCCGCUACCCUGUUCUCAUGAGUCGACGGGUUUGUUGGAUGAUAUUGGUUAGCUCUUGGUUUGGGGGUGCUUUGGAUAGUUUCCUUCUCACGCCUAUCACCAUGAGCCUCCCGUUCUGUGCCUCCCAUAACAUUAAUCAUUUUUUCUGCGAGGCUCCCACAAUGCUGAGGCUGGCAUGUGGGGACAAAGCUGCCUACGAAAUGGUCAUGUAUGUUUGUUGUGUCAUGAUGCUGCUUGUCCCAUUCUCAGUGGUGAUUGCUUCCUAUGCUCGGAUUCUCAUCACAGUGCAUCAGAUGAAGUCGGCUGAAGGGAAGAAGAGGGCCGUUGCCACCUGUUCUUCGCACAUGACGGUGGUGACGCUGUUUUAUGGUGCUGCUUUAUACACGUACAUGCUUCCACAGUCCUACCACACCCCAAUCAAAGAUAAGGUAUUCUCGGCCUUUUACACAAUCCUUACACCCUUGUUAAACCCGGUGAUCUACAGCCUGAGGAACAGGGAUGUGACGGGGGCCUUGAGGAGGUUCUUGGCAAGAUGUAACCGAGUCUGUGGUGAAACCAGAGAAGAGCGCUAA